CAUCAUGAUACCAUUGUGGAGAAGGGUCUGUUAAACCUGUCGUUAGUCGCCUUUGCCUGGGAAUCAGGGGAAAGUGGUAAAAUGACCAAAUACCUCAAAAAAACUUUUCGUUAAAGUGAUGCUAAACUGUGGAGCUCACUUUCUUUAAACAUUUGACUAUGCUAAUCUUUACUUUCAUUUAAAACCAAAAUUAACUAUCGCGACUGCACAUUGAUAUUUUGAUUAUUUUUAUUAAUUUUUUUAUAUUUUACCUUGUUUGCUUGUAUUGCAUGCCAUUAAAAGUGACUUUAAAUAAAAUGGUUAAGUUGUGAGAUACAGUCUUCUCAUUGUGGUGUAGUGUUUUAUAUGACACAUAGCUAAAUUAGAGUAGAUAUUGUAGAUUAGAUUAUCACUUAAUGUAUUUUAAUACUUUUGAGGUACUUCUUAAGAUAUAGUUAUUUAGAUUUUACUUGUUUCCAUUUUUUCCUUUAAAUACAGCCUUAAUGUCUUAUUUUAGGCCACUUCCACUCAGUUAUGAAUAUGCCUCCACCUGGAACUGAGAAAUCUUUCCACAGCAACCUGGGGACAAAUGGCAAAAGACAGGCUACUUAUUACACAAUGGUCGUGUCACCAUGUGGAAGGUAA